AUGGCAUCCUCGAAGGCGGCCCUAAAGGCCAUCAAGGUCUCUUUGGACGGUGGCCACUUCGCAAAGGCCGCUGACCAGGCCGAAGAUCUUCUCAAACAAGAUGACAAAAUUCAUACAGCCUUGCUCUUCCUUGGAUUUGCCAGAGAGAAGCUAGGAGAUCUCGAAGCUGCAGAAAAAGCCAUCCUCAAAGCUGCAGAAUUCAAACCUCAAGAUGUCCAGUCACUCAAAGGGUUGAUUUCGUUGUAUGAAAAACAAGGCAGUGCCAAAGUGGACCAGUAUCACGAUGCAGCAUUCAAAUUAGCAGAGAUCUUUGCGCAGCAGGAAGACCGCGUACAAUGCCAAAGUGUCAUUGACAAGUAUGAGCUGUUUGCAAGGAAGCAUGGAAGCCGUAAACAAUAUCGACGAGCACUGGAGCUAAUACUACCAACAUCAAGCCUUUAUCCAACACUCGAAGGCCGUGUUAUGCCACCAAACUUGGCAUAUCAGCGUAUUCUUGAGUCGGCCGAAGCAGAAGAGAAAGGGUGGGUCAAUACACAAAUUGGCGAAAGACGAACGAUGUUGGGAGCUAAAUUCGAACAAGUAACUCGUCAAGUCAAGGCCGAGGCAAUCACUAAAUUCCAGAUUGAGGAAAAGUAUGCCACGCUCAUUGAAUGGACUCGAGAUGAUGAUUUGCGACACGAUCUCGAACAGAAACUAUUUCAACGCAUGUACGACAACUUGCUUGUUAUGCCUCAGGAGGCCAAGCCUGCUCAACGGGACAAAAUCUUGAAUGUCGCCAAUGGCAUGGUCAUCAUCAAACAGCCAUUCCCUCCGGCUUGGAAGACUGCAUUGGAAUGGGUCGAUGCUGAAGACCUUCAGGAAUGGGAUGUCAAUAUACUCCGAGAAUAUAUCGGCUUUUUCCCCGACGAUGGAUUAAGCAAGGUCCUUCGCGCUUUUCUUGACAGUGAUUGUUCCCCAUUUCCUCAUGUCCCCGCCGGGGAGAACAAAGACGACGAGACUGCUGCGAAAUUCAGUGAAGCGGAGCAACUCGUCGUCAUGAGUGAAGGGCUUGAUGACUGUCCGGAAUCAGUGCUUGCUCAUCGGAUCAUGGCUUAUACGUAUCUCCACAUGGAAGAGUGGGAAAGCUGUGCCGAGGUCGCUCGAAAAGCGCAGGCUUUGUACAAGGAGGCGGAGGGCCGGUACGCAGUCAAACUGCAAAACAGCAUUGACGGAGUCAACCUCAUCCUCGCGAAAGCUCUGAUUACCUUUCAAUCUCCACGACAUCAUCCUGAAGCGAAAGACCUGUACCAAGAGAUUCUUCGACGGAAACCAAAGCUCACGGCAGCAUUGCUCGGCGUCGGAUUGAUUUUCGAAGAGGACGAAGAUUAUGCAGAAGCCGUCAAAUUCCUGGCCCAAUCCGCAGAACGCGAUCCUGAUAAUAUCCGUAUCAAGCUCGAACUUGCUUGGUGCCGGGCUCAAAAUGGCGAACUCCACGAGGGUCUUCAUGACCUGCAAGAAAUACUCUCGUCCAUCGAAUCAGGAAAGCACCCGAAUUUGGUCAUGAAAUCAGUCACGCUUUAUCGCAUCGCGUCUUGUCAGUGGCACGUCAACACAUCUGCGGUUGCAAGAAAAGACAAGAACGGUCCUUAUCAAUAUCUCAUCGCUUCAGUCAAGGCGAAUCCCAGUUAUGCUCCGGCCUACACUCUGCUUGGAAUCUACUUUCAGGACUAUGGCAAGAGCAAGCAACGAGCACGGGUGGCCUUCCAAAAGGCGUUCGAACUGUCGACUUCCGAGCUCGAGGCCGCUCAUCGACUGUCCAAAAUCUUUGCAGACAGCGCGGAAUGGGAUCUUGUCGAAUUGGUCGCGCAACGAGUCGUGGCGUCGGGGAAAGCAAAACCUGCACCGGGGUCCAAGAAGAAGGCAUAUAGCUGGCCGUAUUCCGCGCUAGGAGUGGUCCAGAUGAACAAGCAACAGUAUUCGCAGAGCAUUGUGUCCUUUCAGGCCGCGUUGAGAAUUACUCCAGACGACUAUUACGCCUGGGUUGGUCUGGGAGAGAGCUAUCACAAUGCUGGUCGUCACGUAGCUGCGACACGAGCCUUCGCCAAAGCCGAGAGUAUCGACCACGGUCUAUCACCAGAAGAGACUUGGUUUGCAAAGUACAUGCUUGCCAACGUUCAGCGUGAAAUGGGUUCCUUCGACGAAGCCAUCGGAGCCUACAACGAUGUCCUUGAACUGAAACCCCGAGAGUUUGGAGUUCUUAUUGCACUGCUUCAGACGAUAUCGGAAAGUGCUUGGGCAAAGGUGGCUCUCGGCAUGUUCGGAGAGGCGGUCAGGCUUGCAACACAUGCCAUUGAAGUAGCGAGACAGAUCACUCAGGGAAGAACCAAUUUUUUCAAUCUAUGGAAAUCGGUCGGUGAUGCCUGUUCUGUGCUCGGACAGGUGAAGCUAUAUGCCGGCGCCGUAGACAUUCAAACAAUAAUAUCCUUGCUGCGGACUUCUCUCGUGGACGAGUUUGGCAUUCUCGCCGACGUCGAUAAAGUCAAUAUUGACCUGCUGAUGAUUGCCGAUGUUGAAGGAGACAGGGAAGCGAAUACGCCUUCUUCGAAAUUGCCUGACAAAUGUCUACUCGCCGCGAUCCUCGCUCACAAACGAGCCAUCCAUGUAUCCUCGACUGACCAGCACGCCCAAGCCGUGUCAUGGUACAACCUCGGCUGGGCUGAAUAUCAAGCAUACAUUUCUGGAGAUCGGUUAUCGAAGCUUGACGGAGGAAAGAAACCUCCUCGAAGAUUCCUCAAAGCAAGCAUGAAAUGCUUCAAACGAGCAAUCGAACUAGAGGCCGGCAAUUCUGAAUUUUGGAACGCGCUCGGAGUGGUGACGAUGACGCUCAGUCCAAGGGUUUCUCAGCACUCCUUCGUCCGCAGCUUGUACCUGAAUGAUCAUAGCGCGAGGACGUGGACAGACCUAGGAGUGCUCUACCUAGUCAACAACGACAAUCAACUGGCGAAUCAGGCUUUCACACGAGCUCAAUCGGAAGAUCCAGAAUACGCGGAAGCAUGGAUCGGACAAGGAAUCCUAGCAACAUUAUUUGGAAGCCUUCAUGAAGCCAGAGGACUAUUCAUGCAUGCCUUUGAAAUAGCAGAUUCUUCUCUAUUGCCGGCAAAACGCUACUACGCAGUAUCGGCAUUUGACCACAUCCUCAAAGAUCCUUCACGGUCUUUAGAAGUUAGUGCUCUUCUCCAACCACUUUUUGCCAUGCGUCAAUACCAUGCCCAGCAUCCAUGCGACAUGAUAGCAACACAUUUGAUGGCGCUGUUCGCGGAGCGUACUGGUGAUUAUUCGACAAGUGUUGAAGCUCUUGGAAAAGUCUGUGACGCAGCUGAAGCCGAAUAUGAGAAAUCAGAAUCAGACAAAUAUCGAGUCCGAUUUGCGCAGGCAAAGGCGGAUCUAGCUCGUGCACAGCUUGCGAUCGGCAAUUUUGUUGAAGCUCUGUCGAAUGCAGAGCUGGCCAUUGAUUUAUCAGGUGAUGAGGGUGAAUUGGGCCCAGCAUAUGCAGAGAUUCGACAAAGAUGGCGACUUUCCGCUCAUAUCACUGCGGGUCUUGCACAUAGUCAUCUCCAUCAAAUCGAAAACGCAAUCAAAAAGUUUGAGGUGGCACUUCAGGAAUCCGAUGGGGAACCAGAUGUCGUCUGCAUGCUCGCGCCAGUUCUAUGGGCGAAGGGUGGGACGGCAGAGAAGGAAGCAGCACGAUCACAACUCUUUAAUGUGAUUGAAAGGUGUCCAGACCAUGUACAAGCUGUCGCUCUCCUGGCAGUUACCGGAUUAUUGGAUGAGAACGAAGAAGUCAUCGAAGCGGUCGAGGAGGAUCUGAAAGCUUUGAGACGAGACGAUGAAACAGGAGUCCUGGACAAAAUUAAAGUCACCAAGGUCCUGGCUGGGGUCGUCGGAUGCAAACCCCAAAAUUCUUCGCAGAAUGGGAAUUUGGAUCAAACCGCCGUGAUUGCAGAUGCUCUUACUGGGAUCAUGCUAGCACCGGGGCAACCGCAGGGUUGGCUUGAACUUGCGCAGCUCACCGCACCGGAUGAAGUUAGGGGCUCCUAUGCGGCGGAAAUGGCGGUUCUCAAUGCAAAUAGACAAAUUCCUCCCGGUGGGGAUCUGACCGCAGAUGACCUGGCCAAAGCGUGCGAAGGAACUGGGAUGCAGGAGGACUUUCUUAGGGCGAAGAUGCUCGCGCCGUGGAGGUCCAACGUGGUUUCUGGGGCUUCGUGA